ACUUCCGGGGCGGUGUUAGGUCAAGCUCACUUCCGCCCGCGGCGGAGCUGCGGUGGUGGCGGUGCAGGAGGUUUGGUCGGGGUCCCUUGGGGACAGACAGACAGACGCACGGGCAGGCGGCCGGGAGCCAUGGAGUGCGGCCCCCGGGCCGGCGGGCGCGGGCGGCGGGUGUCCCACUGUAUGGCAUGGAGACCUGUGGCUGUGAGGCUCCCGGGGGCUCGCCUUGGACCGCGAUGGGGCCGGGCUGCGGCCUCCUAACGGGACUGAGGUGUGCAGCCCGCGAGCUGCCGCUGCCUGCAUCUCGGAGCACCCCCGCCCCUCCCCUGGCCCGGCGCGGGCCCGGCGCCCGCCAUGAACGGCCUGUCGGUGAGCGAGCUCUGCUGCCUGUUCUGCUGCCCACCCUGCCCGGGCCGCAUCGCCGCCAAACUCGCCUUCCUGCCUCCCGAGCCCACCUACUCUCUGGUACCUGAACCCGAGCCGGGACCCGGUGGGGCCGGCGCUGCCCCCUCGGGUCCCUUGCGGACCUCAGCGGCCACCCCUGGGCGCUGGAAGAUCCACCUGACGGAGCGCGCUGACUUCCAGUACGGCCAGCGCGAGCUGGACACCAUCGAGGUCUUCGUGACCAAGAGCGCGCGCGCCAACCGCAUCGCCUGCAUGUAUGUGCGCUGUGUACCGGGUGCCAGGUACACAGUCCUCUUCUCGCAUGGCAAUGCAGUGGACUUGGGCCAGAUGUGCAGCUUCUAUGUCGGCCUGGGCACACGCAUCGGCUGCAACAUCUUCUCCUAUGACUACUCUGGAUAUGGGAUCAGCUCUGGCCGGCCCUCGGAGAAGAACCUCUAUGCUGACAUUGACGCCGCCUGGCAGGCCCUGCGCACCAGGUACGGAAUCAGCCCAGACAGUAUCAUCCUGUAUGGCCAGAGCAUUGGCACUGUGCCCACAGUGGAUCUGGCGUCACGCUACGAGUGUGCUGCUGUGGUCCUGCACUCGCCUCUCACCUCCGGCAUGCGGGUGGCCUUCCCUGACACCAAGAAGACGUACUGCUUCGAUGCUUUCCCUAACAUCGAGAAGGUGUCGAAGAUCACAUCACCGGUGCUCAUCAUCCACGGCACAGAGGACGAGGUGAUCGACUUCUCACACGGGCUGGCACUGUAUGAGCGCUGCCCAAAGGCCGUGGAGCCGCUGUGGGUGGAGGGCGCUGGGCACAAUGACAUCGAGCUGUACAGUCAAUACCUGGAGCGCCUACGCCGCUUCAUCUCCCAGGAGCUGCCCAGCCAACGCACUUAGCCACGCCACGCCGCAGGGACCUCAGCAGUCCACGGGGCCGCCUGCGCCUGCCGGGGCUGCAUGUGACCCGGAGCUCAGGACCCCGCCUGGCGCCCCAGGAGCCAUGAGCCAUGUGCAGGCAACAGAGGUCCCUCUUCUCUCCUCGCGGAAGCAAAGAGAAGGAAAGAGGGAAACUAAUUAAAGGAUUAAGAUUUUA